UUGAAUUCUUCUUAACAGUUACAACUUCUGGACACGCAAUCUUCAACUUGCUUUUCUAAAACCCUUUCUUUCUCUCUUUUUCUUCUUCCUCAUCUCUCAACAGCCAAACAAGGUCAUUUUCCAGAAUGUAUCCUCGAAAAUAUCGCAAUUUUUGGAAUUAACCCAACAAAGAUACGUGCUUUCUGUCCUUUUGUGUUGCUUUAUGUUUUGAUUUGUAUGAUGUUUUGUUGAUCACUGAAUUGUUGGGUCACUUUAACCAAUGCCUGUUGAUUUUAACUUGGACUACCUGUUAUAUAAAUGGUCAAGAAACUUGGAUCAUUAAAUCAAAAUGCUGCAUUUUUAGUUUUCUGAUCUUGGUUGCAAUUAUUACUAUAAAUCUUAAAUUGGGGUAUCAAAAUCUGAAGUUGGUAAUAAAUAUUUGAAAAGAGAUAUAAACUGUGUAUAUUUCUACUUAGUUUGUUGCAAGAAAAAUGGUGGGAACUUCUGAAAUUGAGAAUAAUCAUGGGUUUGCAAAUGGUGUGUGUGUUAAUGGAGCAAUAUUAGAGGAGAAACUAGAUGAACUUCGACGACAUUUUGGUAAAGCAGAGGGUGAUCCUUUGAGGAUUGUUGGGGUUGGGGCAGGUGCUUGGGGUAGUGUAUUUCUAGCAUUGUUGCAAGAUAGUUAUGGUCAUCUUAGAGAUAAGGUUUUAAUUAGGAUAUGGAGGAGACCUGGCAGACAAGUUGACCGAGCGACGGCUGAACACUUGUUUGAGGUGAUUAAUUCAAGAGAAGAUGUGUUGAGGAGGCUAAUUAGGAGAUGUGCAUACUUGAAGUAUGUAGAAGCGCGAUUAGGUGAUCGGACAUUGUAUGCUGAUGAGAUUUUGAAAGAUGGGUUUUGUUUGAAUAUGAUUGAUACACCUUUAUGCCCUUUGAAAGUUGUUACAAACUUGCAAGAAGCUGUUUGGGAUGCUGAUAUUGUAGUGAAUGGCUUGCCAUCUACGGAGACUAGAGAGGUGUUUGAGGAGAUUAGUCGGUAUUGGAAGGAAAGGAUUAGUACACCCGUUAUUAUAUCUCUGGCAAAGGGUAUAGAGGCUGAAUUGGAGCCGGUGCCUCGCAUUGUGACUCCUACUCAGAUGAUUCACCAAGCUUCUGGAGUGCCCAUGGAAAAUAUUCUUUAUCUUGGAGGACCAAAUAUUGCAGCAGAGAUCUAUAACAAAGAGUAUGCUAAUGCUAGAAUUUGUGGAGCUGAGAAGUGGAGGAAGCCUCUAGCAAAAUUUCUAAGACAGCCACAUUUCAUUGUUUGGGAUAAUGGUGACCUCGUCACACAUGAAGUAAUGGGAGGUUUGAAGAAUGUCUAUGCCAUUGGGGCUGGAAUGGUAGCAGCUCUAACAAAUGAAAGUGCCACCAGUAAAUCUGUAUAUUUUGCACAUUGCACAUCAGAAAUGAUUUUUAUCACGCAUCUUUUAGCAGAAGAACCGGAGAGACUUGCCGGUCCAUUGCUAGCAGAUACGUAUGUUACCCUCUUGAAAGGUCGUAAUGCUUGGUACGGUCAAAUGUUGGCAAAGGGUGCCCUGAGUCUUGAUAUGGGUGACAGCAUCAAGGGAAAGGGUAUGAUACAGGGUGUUUCUGCAGUGAAAGCAUUUUAUGAACUACUUGGUCAAUCCUCCAUCAGUGUGUUGCAUCCUCAAGAAAAUAAACCUGUUGCUCCAGUUGAACUAUGUCCAAUCUUGAAGACACUUUAUAGCAUACUUAUAACUAGGGACUUCCCAUCCCAGGCUAUACUUCAAGCGUUGAGAGAUGAGACUAUGCAUGAUCCCCGAGAACGAAUUGAGAUAGCUCAAUCACAUGCGUUUUACAUACCUUCACUUCUCGGGCAGUAACAAUAGCUUUGGAGUAUAUCUUAUGGCUCAUUUGAUAAAUCUGCGAUGAUCACGUCAGGUGGAUCUGUAGCGCGUGCUAUCGGAGGGAUUGUCUGAUUUAAGUUUAGCCUUUAGGGGUGGCUAAAUGCUUGUAUACAAUCACUUAGUUGAUUGGUUUGAACAACUGAGAAAUGUGUGAUUUAUGUAUUUAGUUACCAUUAGAUUGAUGAGUUUGUUUUUCCAGACUUUUAGUGUCAAUACAACUUUUGUAGUAUUUUUCAGUUGAUAUUUCUCAACUUUUCACAAUUCUAUUAUCAUUAAAUAUGGUUACUAUGAGUAGUAAUAUCAAAGGGAC